CGCAAAUCGGUUACGCUUGGCAUUUGCUGGGUCGCUCGUUCGCUGUGCCCAUUUAUUGUUUGAUCAAGCGUUUCAUCUUUCCCCAUUUCUUCUGGCUCUAUAAAUAGUUCUUCUCCAAGCGUCACUCCAUUUUUCCUUUGCCUCUGAUUUUUAGCGCCUACUCUCUGCCGACCACAUUUCUGUGUGCUUGCUUGCUCAGCGUUCUUUUCCUCCUUAGAACCCAACGUAAGUCUCUUUUUCCCUUCCUGUUCCUUCAGCUUUGUUUCUUUGAUUUUAUUCUUGUAGUUUUAGGCUUUGUAGAUGGGUUAUUCUUACCUUCUAGAUACCCCGGCUGCUUUGGCCAACUUUAGGAGUAAAUUUAGUAUCCCCCGUGACGUGGACGUGGCUUACUGCCACGAGAGUGAUAUGGAACUCCACCGAGGGCAUGGUACAGCCUUCUUUCCUUUGAUGUCCGUCUUAGAAGGUGGGGUUAGGUUCCCGGUAGAUCCCCUCCUGAUAAGCACACUUACCUACUAUGGGCUGUGCCCCGACCAGCUUCCCCCCAAUUUUUACCGGGUAGUUAGUUGUGUCGGCCAGUUAAACCAUACCUUUAACUUACAACUAGAUCACCAUGAUAUUAACCAAAUGUACAGCCUUUGUGGGAGCAAGUCCACAAAUUACUACUUAAAGACAAGGGAUGCUCGGGUACGGCUGAUAUCGUGCCUACCCGAUUCGAACAGGAACUCUGCCGGGGAGUUUGUCAGGGUGCGCGGCAAUUGGUUUGCCGGGGAGAUCCCUUGCCCCCUCACACGGCGUGAAGUGGACGGCAAAGUGUUUACUCAGGACCUCAGAGCCGUCCACGUCAAGGACUUAAACUUCGUCCUUCGUUCCGAGAUCUUCGUGCACUGGGACGGGCAACUCCGGGCCUCACACCUGAUCCUCGGCGUGGAACCGGUUUACUCCACUUGGCAAUCAUUCAAGCAGAGCGCCCUGGCUGCUCUAGAUGAGGAGGAGACGGCCAGUAUGAGGGAGUUGGUUGAGCAAAUAGACUCUCAUGCUGAGCCCGAGGAACUGGAGGCUACGAGCACACCGACCGUGCAGGAACUUCUCGACGAGGCCCAGCCUUUCUCCCUGAUCGUCCAACAGGAAGUGCCACCACCGACUCAACCCCCUAGUUGA